UUCCAUGGUGACGGCAAACAAGGCCCACACUGGACGGGGCAGCUGCUGGGCUGCUACUCUCGCCGCCGCCAUGAUUCCCCCCGCAGAUUCUUUGCUCAAGUACGACACCCCUGUACUGGUGAGCCGGAACACGGAGAAACGGAGCCCCAAGGCUCGGCUACUGAAAGUCAGCCCCCAGCAGCCUGGACCUUCAGGUUCAGCCCCACAGCUACCCAAGACCAAGCUCCCCUCAGCUCCCUGUGUCCCAGAUCCUACAAAGCAAGCAGAAGAAAUCUUGAAUGCCAUACUACCCCCAAGGGAGUGGGUGGAAGACACGCAGCUAUGGAUCCAGCAGGUGUCCAGCACCCCUAGCACCAGGAUGGACGUGGUGCACCUCCAGGAGCAGUUAGACUUAAAGCUGCAGCAGCGGCAGGCCAGGGAAACAGGCAUCUGCCCUGUCCGCAGGGAACUCUACUCACAGUGUUUUGAUGAGUUGAUCCGGGAGGUCACCAUCAACUGUGCGGAGAGGGGGCUGCUGCUGCUGCGAGUCCGGGACGAGAUCCGCAUGACCAUCGCUGCCUACCAGACCCUGUACGAGAGCAGCGUGGCGUUUGGCAUGAGGAAGGCACUGCAGGCUGAGCAGGGGAAGUCAGACAUGGAGAGGAAAAUUGCAGAAUUGGAGACGGAAAAGAGAGACCUGGAGAGGCAAGUGAACGAGCAGAAGGCAAAAUGUGAAGCCACCGAGAAGCGGGAGAGCGAGAGGCGGCAGGUGGAGGAGAAGAAGCACAAUGAGGAGAUUCAGUUCCUAAAGCGGACGAAUCAGCAGCUGAAGGUAAUCAACGCACAGGCUGGGGUGGAGGUGCCCACUGCCCCAAGACCCAGCCCCACGGGCCAGGCAUUCGGUUCCUUUUCCAUGGCUUUUAACUGUUUGUCCACAUGCACUGCCAAAGAAUAAAGGAAGCUGACUUUGGUGGUGGGAGAAGGGGAGGGCUCCAGAGGGGGUCUCCACUCUCAACUCCAAAUCUCUGAGGCGCCUCAGCCUGGCUCUCUAGUGGAGGAUUCUUCUCCCUGGAAAAAAGUUGCCCAUCCUCAAGGAAGAGGUGGAUAUGGCAAAAAGUGAAACUCCGUUCCCCUUGAAGCUGGUAUGUUGGAGCCUUCCUGGGGGAGAGCGGG